AUGGAAUUCGAUGAUGUAAUCCGAUGUGUUGGAGAGUUUGGGAGGAUUCAGCUUCGGACGACAAUAUUUAGUGGUCUAGUGACAAUGUCGACAGCCAUGCAAAUGAUGGUAACCGUCUUUAUGCAGCAAUUACCGGCGCAUAGGUGUGCCAUUCCAGGCCUGGCAAACGACACCUUUGGAAUCCAGGGUACCUGGCACCAACAUCUUAUCAACCAAACCAUUCCUGUAGACGAAAAUGGGAAGUAUGAGGGAUGUCUGUGGCGUAGUGGAAAUGAUUCCGGGAAUGGUAGUGUGUUGCCGUGCAAGGACUGGGUUUAUGAUACAUCUGUAUUCCCGAGAACAUUUCCUACAGAAUUUGGCCUAUUUUGUGACAGUUCCUUGCUAAUAAAUAUGGUCAACGUGGUCUAUCUAGCAGGAGUGGCCUUGGGGGCCAUUGUCGGUGGUUUAGCAGCAGACUAUAUUGGUCGCAAGUGGGUAUCUUUCAUCGCCUGUUUGAUACAUGGCGUCGGAGGAUUGGGAGCCGCUUUCUCACCUAACUACGGGACUUAUGUUGCAUUCCGUUUCGUCGUUGGCAGCUGUCAAGGCAUUCUUAACAGCUCGGUCGUGGUUCUAAUCAUGGAAUUUGUAUCACCAAGAAGACGCAUGGUAUCCGUGUGCACAUUAGCUAUGUCCUGGGGAAUAGGCAUGGUGCUUACAACUCCGUUGGCUUACCUUAUACGGGACUGGAGAUAUCUACAGUUGGCUGUGGCCUUGCCACCAUUCUUAUACCUAGGCUUCUGGCGGAUUACAGUCGCAAUUUCGUGGUACGGUCUUACAUUAAAUCAGGGUUCCCUAGAUGGAGAUAUCUUCAUCAAUGCAUUUGUCCUGUCUGUAAUCGACAUCAUAGCUAAGGCGUCGAUGUUCAUCAUCAACAGAUUUGGAAGAAGAAAAACAUUCUGUGCUGGCAUGAUGAUCUCUGCUUUGUCCAUGUUGACUACAGUACCGGUUCAUUUCUUUGCAGACAGAGAGAGUCCUUCUACCAGAACCGCCUUUACAGCUUUGUACACUAUAGGGAAGAUGGGCUUCAGCGGUAACUUCAACCUUCUUUUCAUGUGGAAUGGCGAGUUCUAUCCAACAGCCUUACGGAAUUUCGGAUUAGGUUUAGGAUGUACAUUUGGUCGUGUUGCGGCUAUUGUAUCACCAGUUGUUAUGGACCGAUUAGGAGAACAUCCAGUUCUUGGUAACACUGUUCCUCUGAUAUUGUUUGGCUGCAUGGCAUUGUUUUGUGCUUUGAGUGGUCUAUAUCUCCCUGAAACCACCCACAAACACCUGCCAGAGACCUUGGAAGAUGCUCAAAACUUUGGAGUUAAAAGGAGAAAAGAUGGGAUCAACCAAGAAUCAAAUGAGAAUGCCCCAUCGACAUUUGAAAUGGUUUCUUAAGUGCAACGACUACAAUUUUACGUAUGUGGACUGAUUUUUGUAGCAGUUUGGUAUCUUUGGGUCAGUUGAGCCUGGCACAUUGUAGGACUAUAUAGGUAUUUUUAAAAUGUUACACUGAUGAAUGGUAGCAAAUUAAAAUUGCACGUAAUAAAAAGAAGAAUGUCAACAAUUGCAAACU